CUCUCACUUUCCAUAAAUCUCUUUGCACACACUAGUACAGUACAGAACAAAGCCACUGACCACUCUCUCACUUUCCAUAAAUCUCUUUGCACACACUGGUACAGUACAGAACAAAGCCACUGACCAAAAAUAUUCCCCAUUUCCAUUCCAAUACAGUGGUAGACACUUCAUUAAAAAAUGCAAUAAUUUAAUCCCAAAAAAAAUCAACAAAGAAAAACAAGUCCCCUUUCUCUCCUCUCUCCUCUCUCUCUCUCUCUCUCUCUCUCUCUACUCAGAUCCCUACAAUGGCCACCACUAAACCCAUGAUCAUCACUCUCUCCUUCAUCAUCUUCUUCUUCAUUCUCCUCAAUUCUCAACGGUCCGAUCUCAACCCAGACUGCUCCAACCGUUGGAUCCACAUCCGAAACCUCCCCACCCAAUUCAACCUCGACCUCCUCUCCAGCUGCUCCCAUUUCCCUCUCUUCACCGACUUCUGCCCCUACCUAACCAACCACGGCCUCGGACCCAAGACCCACAACCAUAGCCACAGCUGGUUCCGCACCGACCCAUUCAUGCUCGAACUCAUCUUCCACCGCCGCAUGCUCGACUACCCCUGUCUCACCUCCGACCCCUCCGCCGCCUCGGCCGUCUUCCUCCCCUACUACGCCGCCCUCGACUCCCUCCGCUUCCUCUACGGCCCCGACCUCAAUUCCAGCUCCCACCACGGCCUCACUCUCUUCCAAUUCCUCCAAACCCACCACUCCAAAAUCUGGGACUCCCGUCACGGCCACGACCAUUUCUUGGUCAUGGCGAGACCUGCGUGGGAUUUCAGCCAGCCCAUCUCGAUCCAUCAACCACCCAUUUGGGGCACUUCGUUCCUCGAAUUGCCUGAGUUUUAUAAUAUUACUGUUUUGACAUUGGAAUCCAGAACCUGGCCUUGGCAAGAACAAGCUGUGCCUUACCCGACCUCCUUUCAUCCACCUAAUACCGCGUUUUUCGACUCGUGGGUCAGUCGGGUCCGCCGUUCUCGGCGUACCACCUUGAUGUUGUUCGCCGGUGGCGGCGGUAUCUCGGCGUCUCCAAAUGUACGGCGGAGCAUUCGGCUCGAAUGCGAUAAUAAUAGUACUAAUUUGAGGAUCAGGAAUGGUAGUAGUGGGUACUCUAAAUUGUGUGAAUUUGUGGAUUGUUCGUAUGGGAUUUGCGAACACGAUCCGAUUAGAUUUAUGAGGCCGAUGUUGAAGUCGAGCUUUUGUCUUCAGCCACCGGGGGAUACUCCAACGCGGAGGUCGACAUUUGAUAGCAUUGUGGCGGGGUGCAUACCCGUGUUUUUUGAGGAUCAAUCGGCCAAGUCGCAGUAUGGGUGGCAUUUGCCGGAAGAGCAGUAUGGGGAGUUUUCGGUGUUUAUACCGAAAGAGGAUGUGGUGUUCAAAGGGCUGAGGGUUUUGGAUGUGUUGAUGAGUAUACCGAGAGGUGAAGUUAGGAGGAUGAGAGACAAGGUUUUGGAGAUGAUGCCUAGAGUUAUGUAUAGGAAGCAUGGAAGUUCAUUGGCCUUGAAGAACAAGAAAGAUGCAUUUGAUAUUGCAGUUGAAGGUACUUUGCAGAGGAUCAAAUCUAGACUGAAAGAAGUUGGUAUGAAAUAAGACCCGAUAAGGCGUGACUUCAGACUUCGCUUUUGCUAAUUUAACCAACCAUAAUCAGUUAAAAUUAAAAAAUAACGUGAUGAUCUAAGACACCAAAAAUGGAUUCCUACAAUUCCCCUUGUAAUUUUUAUAUUUUGUUGUGUUGCUUUUGCUCCUUUCACCUUAUUUAUUUCACCACAAAUGUUGUACAUAGAAGAGAAAAUUAGAUGUUUUGUAUUCAUUGAUAAUAAUAAAUCAUGUAAUUUUGGGCUGCAAUAUUUACUUGGCCUGUUAUUUCUGUUCCACUUCUUGUACUUUUGAGUGUUUGGCAAUGAAGGCACAUCUUCUUCACCGGCAAAAACAUUAACCCCCACGCUGUGACUCCAUGGACUGCACAAUGUGCUCAAUAAGAAAUAUCAAAAACAAAUUAUAUUCAUGUCUUGGAAAAAAUAAUUAACAUUUAUUCAUGGUGCAAAAUUUUAAAGGUAACAAAAUCUGAAAAAAAAAAAAAAAAAAAAAAA